ACGAGCACCGGCGACAGAAGUUGGCAGACGUCGGGAUUCAGCUCUCCUGUCUGAGGCAGUCCCCGCGCCUCUUCCACAGCGAGCAGAUCGAGCACUAGGAACCGGGAGGUUUCAGCCAGGACCUGGAAGUGCAUCGUUGGUUCAUUCUUGCCAUGAUGAGCCCAAACUUGAAUCACCGCCGCGUGGAAGUGUCGCCGGGUGAUGAGAAGUACACGCCCAAGCCGCAGAAGCAAUGGUCCCUUGCGCGGUCCGCGGAGUAUGUGCUUCGUGAACAGCGGUUCGUGUUUGUGCUGAUUGGGGUGGCUAUUACCACUCUGUUCUUUUUGUUUUUGCAGCCCGAGUUUCGGUUUAUGAGGACGUAUGUGAAUUCGGGUGCUAUUGGGGGUGUAGAUGGGGGAUUUAAUGUGAAAGACUCGUUGGGAGAGACGCGUUUCUCUGGGAAUGGGAACUCCCCGUACAAGCAACACGCCGCGGUCAUUACUGGUGGAGCAGGAAAGAUUCCGCUGGGUUUGCCACGGAAGCCGCUGCGGAUUGUAGUGACUGGCGGAGCAGGGUUUGUGGGUAGUCACUUGGUGGACAGGUUAAUCGAGCGCGGGGACAGUGUUAUAGUGGUGGAUAAUUUUUUCACGGGGAGGAAAGAGAACGUGCAGCAUCACUUUGGGAAUCCGCGGUUUGAGUUAAUCCGGCAUGAUGUGGUCGAACCCCUUUUGCUGGAGGUGGACCAGAUUUACCAUCUGGCAUGUCCGGCGUCGCCCGUGCAUUACAAAUUCAAUCCAAUCAAGACAAUCAAGACCAAUGUGGUGGGAACAUUGAACAUGUUGGGAUUGGCGAAGCGGAUUGGAGCACGAUUCUUGCUGACCAGCACAAGUGAGGUUUACGGCGAUCCUUUGGAGCACCCUCAGAAAGAGACGUAUUGGGGAAACGUGAACCCUAUCGGUGUUCGGAGUUGUUACGAUGAAGGAAAGCGCACUGCUGAGACUUUGGCUAUGGAUUACCAUAGAGGUGCAGAUGUGCAGGUUCGGAUCGCCCGCAUUUUCAACACUUAUGGACCAAGAAUGUGCAUUGAUGAUGGUAGGGUUGUCAGUAACUUUGUUGCUCAGACCCUGAGGAAAGAACCUAUGACUGUGUAUGGUGACGGAAAACAAACAAGGAGUUUCCAGUUCGUCUCUGAUCUGGUUGAGGGCCUCAUGAGGUUGAUGGAAGGCGAGCAUGUUGGACCUUUUAAUUUAGGAAACCCUGGCGAGUUCACCAUUCUAGAACUUGCUCAGGUGGUCAAGGACGUGAUAGAUCCUACAGCAACAAUCGAGUACAAGGAAAACACGUCUGACGACCCACACAAGCGCAAGCCUGAUAUUUCCAAGGCAAAGGAGCUGUUGGGAUGGGAGCCAAAGAUUUCCUUAGAGAAAGGGCUUCCUCUAAUGGUUGAAGACUUCCGCAAACGCAUUUUUGGCGACCAUAAGGAUGUCUGAGGGGUUAUCAAGCUGUAAAGGACUCCAGAUUACUCUCCAGUGGGGGUCGAGUGGGUUUCCUGUCAGCAUUCCAAGUCCGGGCGAAAUAGUGGGAAGCUGACGAUGCUACCACCCCCUUAUUGCAAUGCUUUAUAGAUGAUUGAGGCUAUGGUCACUCAUUAGACUAGGAGGUUCUUUGAACAAAUUAAAAUUGUCGUGUAGAAUUGUAAUGGGUUUUUGCUAACCAGCCUUAUCUACUAGUUGUUCUAAAGCUGAUCAACCUGUUUGUCUGAUGUAAUUGGGCUUUUUACAGAGCCUGUUCUUAACGGAUUUUGCGACUACGAAUCAUUGUCGGGUUUUGGUUUUCA